AUGGACACCCCAAGGGAAGAAGCAGAAGAAGCAGAAAAACCACCACCUUUUGGUAUUGGUAUUGGAGUAAUUUGGUAUUUGAACUUCCAGCAUGGCAUCUUGGGCCAGAGUAUCCGGAAGUUCACCACCUCCAUGGUCUGUCGCAGCCACUUUGAGGAGGGUCGGGGGAAGAACUUGCCAUUAUUACCUUCUGUGGAAAACAAGCGGCAGUUCCUGGCUAUGAUGCCUGUGUACUUUAGAUCUGUAUCUGCGGAUCCUUUCUGUAUAGUAAGGCACCAACUACUUAAAAAAUAA